AGGCUGAAAGUUCAUACCAUUCCUUCUGCAGAGCACGAGAAAUACUUCACUAGUAGAAUUUGCACUAUGUAUUGUAAAACAAAUGUGUAGGAACCAGCAUCUCUACAUUGCUAAGACACUGGACACUGCUUUCUUUAUAGCAAGGAAAAUUUGAAUUCCUCCAGCACUCAAGAUGGGGAAAGAUUAUUAUUCUAUCCUGGGAAUUGAAAAAGGGGCUUCGGAAGAGGAUAUCAAAAAGGCUUACAGGAAACAAGCACUUAAAUGGCAUCCAGAUAAGAACAAAUCUCCCCACGCAGAGGAAAAAUUCAAAGAGGUUGCAGAAGCUUACGAAGUGCUGAGUGAUCCCAAAAAGAGAGAUAUUUAUGAUCAGUUUGGAGAAGAAGGUCUGAAAGGAGGAGCUGGAGGACCUGAUGGACAGGGUGGUACCUUCCGAUACUCCUUCCAUGGUGACCCACAUGCUACAUUUGCAGCUUUCUUCGGUGGCACAAAUCCUUUUGAGAUCUUCUUUGGAAGGAGGAUGCCUGGUGGCAGAGACACUGAAGACAUGGAGGUGGAUGGUGAUCCAUUUGGAUCCUUCAGUAGUUUUAGUAUGAAUGGUUUUCCAAGGGAAAGGAAUACAGUUGGUAGCCAAUUGCGUCGCAAACAAGAUCCCCCUGUAAUCCAUGAACUUAAAGUGUCAUUGGAAGAGAUCUAUCAUGGCUGCACAAAAAGGAUGAGGAUUUCACGUAAAAGGCUUAACCCAGAUGGUAGAAGUGUCCGAACAGAGGACAAAAUUCUUACUAUUGAGAUAAAAAGAGGAUGGAAAGAAGGCACCAAAAUCACUUUUCCAAAAGAAGGCGAUGAAACGCCCAACACAAUUCCAGCUGAUAUUGUUUUUAUCAUUAAAGAUAAACCUCACACUCACUUCAAGAGAGAUGGAUCAAAUAUUAUCUAUCCUGUUAAGAUCAGCUUAAGGGAGGCUUUGUGUGGCAGCUCUAUCAAUGUGCCAACGAUAGAAGGAAGAACCAUACCCAUGACAGUAAAUGAAGUUGUAAAGCCUGGGAUGAGAAGAAGAAUUAUAGGAUAUGGUUUGCCGUUGCCCAAAAAUCCUGACCAACGUGGAGACUUAAUUAUAGAGUUUGAAGUAAUUUUCCCAGAUAACAUUUCUCCAGCAUCAAAAGAAGUACUUAGGCGAAAUCUUCCCGUUUCAUAAGAUGAAGACUGUGUAUGUCAGCUGUUUAAAUAGGACACUGGAAAUGAAGAAGACUGGCUAGUCUGUGCUUUAAAAGUGCAAUCUGUAACAACUAGUGGAAUAUUUGU